AUGACCAACCACAGCGAGGAAUGUAACUUUACCAGCAUCGACAGCUUAGCAAAGACUCUCCAGUUUGGGAUUUCCAUCCCCACCUUCAUUCUUGGCUUGAUUCUCAACACCUUGGCCCUCUCCAUGUUCUGCUGCUUUUGGAAGAAACAGACUAAAACGUCAGUCUACAUGAUCAAUCUUGCGAUUGCAGAUGUCCUGCUGCUUCUCUCGCUCCCUCUCAAGCUGUACUACUCUGUCGCAGAAGCGCCCGGGCUCCUGUGUGCAUUCAUUGAGUCUCUGUACUUCGUCAAUAUGUACGGAAGUAUUUUCAUUAUUGUCUGCAUUACUGUCGACAGAUACAUCUGCAUAAGGCACCCCUUUAAAGGCCGAGCUAAUCAGUCCCCUAAGUGGGCAAUCUUUAUUUGCUGCUUCAUUUGGGCAAUAGUCUGGCUUUGCAGCAGCCCAAUGUAUGUGUUUCACAAAGACGAGAAUUUAAAGUGCUUUCACAACAUGUCAGAACAGGCCUGGAGCAUCCCUCUCAUUGUUUCUGUGGAGAUUUUUGGAUUUCUGAUCCCACUCUCAGCAAUGGUUUUCUGCUCUGCUCAAAACAUCUCUAUUCUUCUGAGUCAAAAAAGCAAAGAUAAAAAGAAGGAAGAAGACAGUGGCUCCUUACGAGUCAUUACCAUCAACCUCGUGGUAUUUUUGGUGUGUUUCACACCAGUCCAUCUCGGGAUCUGCCUACAGUGCCUGGUACGACAGCAUGUUAUAGAGGACUGCAGUCUGAAACAAAACAUCAGCUUCUUCAUUCAGGUGUCAAUGAUAUUUGCCAACCUGAACUGCUGCCUGGAUGCCAUCUUCUAUUACUUUGCUGCAAAAGAAUUUUGUGAGAAAAUGAACAUGAAGAAGAUUAUUGAACUAUGUCCUGUCUUUAAGCCUUGUGCUACGAGAUGGGAUUGCUUGCAGUGGAAGAACGUCUCUUCCUCAGCUCCUACUUGCCUUGCAGGACUCUGA